AAUUGUUGUCCUGUAUUUCAUCACAAUUGACGGCUAAUACUGUAAUACACUGUAAAUAAAGUGUGGUUUAAGUUAUAAAUGCCAUUCAUUUGAUUGAUUUAGUCAUUGAUUGAAUACAUUGUUAUUAAAACAACAUGGAGGACACGGUUAUGUCAGACAACACAAACAUACCAAACAGCCAUCAAAUCGACAUUACUGUUACCGAAGAGGACACAACAGUUCCGCCCCAACAGUAUGAAUUCUUGGAUCACACGGCAGAUGUCCAAAUCCACGCCUGGGGCGCCUCAUUGGCUGAAGCGUUUGAACAGUCGGCAGUAGCAAUGUUUGCUUAUAUGACCGAAAUAUCGACGGUCGACAUGACGGACACGCACGACAUCGAAGUCGCCGGCGAUGACUUGGAGUCACUAUUCUAUCAGUUUUUGGAUGAAUUUUUGUUUGCCUUUUCAGCCGAUCCCUUCUUCAUUGGCAGAAAAAUAAAGAUCACUGAAUUUGACAGACAAAACAAUAGGAUCAAAGCCAAAGGCUAUGGCGAGACGUUUAGUCUCGACAAACAUCCACAGGGAACUGAAGUAAAAGCCAUAACUUAUUCAAAUAUGCAAAUCCAUGAAAAGGUUGGCAGAAGCGAUGUCUACGUUAUUAUCGAUAUUUGA